AUUCUACUUCUGCUGGAUCCUCCUCAGUGCCUACCAUUGUCAUGUACAAUCCACCCACAACUAAACUUGUCUUCCAAAGCGAUAAGAGCUCUCACGUGUUUUUGAGCUUCAGGGGACCAGAUGUCAGAAAGACUCUGGUUGAUCAUCUCUAUCAAGCUCUCUCCGCAGCAGGAUUAGUUGUCUUCUUAGACAGUGAAAAACUGGAAAAGGGGGAAAUAAUUGGGUUGAGCUUGGAAAAAGCAAUCGAGAGCAGUGUCAUACGCAUUCCUAUAUUUUCCCAAGGCUAUGCGGACUCGGCUUGGUGUCUCAAGGAGGCCGCUGCAAUGUUGAGGACCCCUGGUUUGAUUAUUCCCCUGUUUUACCAUGUGGAUCCAACUCAUGUUAGAUACCCUGAAAACGAGUCCAGUCCGUAUAAGGAAUCAUUCCUCAAACAUUAUGGCCGUUCAGAUCGAUACCCAAGAGGAGAGAUUGAUGGGUGGAAGAAGGCCAUUCUACAGAUCUGCUCUCGCUCAGGAUGGUCCAUGGAUAUAACUCAAGGCUAUGAAGCUCGGCUAGUAAAGACUCUGGUGAAUGACAUAAUUAGGACAUUGGAUAGAGUGCCGUUACAAGUUGCCAAGUAUCUAGUAGAAUUGGACAAUGUGAAGAAUGUGUUCAUUCAAAAAUUAAAUCUAAAUUCAGUGGAUGAUGUGGUUAAAAUUGGAAUAUGGGGUAUUGGUGGUAUUGGCAAGACAACAGUUGCAAAGGCUGUCUACAAUCAAAUUUAUUCUGAUUUUGAAGCUGCCUCCUUCGUAUUUAAUGUCCGUACCAAUGCUGCAGAUUCCAUAGGCCUCACAAAUGUACAGAAACAACUUCUGGAAGAGCUAACUAGAUAUGAUGGAAAAGUGCACAGUGUUGACAAGGGCAUAUCUUUGUUUAGAGAUCGUUUGAGAGGAAAACGUCUCCUACUUAUUUUGGAUGAUGUGGAUACUAUUGUACAAUUGAAUUCUUUGGUUGGGGAUUGGCUAGUUCCUGGCAGCCGAAUUAUUAUAACAUCCAGAGACAAACACAUUCUCAAUGUUGUUGGGAUUCCAUCCUCAUGCAUCCAUGAGAUGAUUGGAUUGGAGAUAAAUGAAGGUCUCCAAUUAUUUAGUUGGCAUGCCUUUCUUAGAACAUCUCCAAGUCCUAGUUAUGAAGAUCUGACUAAAAGAAUAGUGAAAGCUUAUCAGGGGCAUCCUCUUUCUUUGGAAGUCAUUGGAUCCUACUUAUACAAUAAGCAGGAUAACAUAGGUUGUUGGACUGAUGCUCUUCGAAACAUUAUUCUCAACCCAGAGAUUCAUGAAAGACUCUACAUCAGUUAUAGCGCUCUUAGUGAUGAUGAAAAAGAAAUGUUUGUCGACAUUGCCUGCUUCUUUAUUGGGGAAAACAAAAGAUUUCCUAUUGUUCUCUGGAAAUCCUUGUACAAGAUGGUAGACAGUGCUGUAUGUUAUCUUUCGAUGAAAUUACUAAUAAAGAUUGAGGACAGAGGUAUAUUUGAUAUGCAUGACCAUUUGCAAGACAUGGGGCGGUUGAUUGCUGAAAAAGAAAAAAGGGGUACCCGACUAUGGGAGAAAGAGGGUACUCGACUAGAGAAGGCUGCCCAUUCAAGCACCAUAUCCAACAUCAAUUUCUCUCGCCUUCGGCUCAAUGGAGGCAAUCUACAAAGGCUUAAAAUGAUGUGCAGACCUGGACUUUGCUAUCUUCAUUUGCAGAAUAUGCCCAUUGAUGUCCUGACAGAAGACACGAUGGCUAUGCUUCCUAAGAGUUUGAUAUGGUUAAAGUUAGAAGAUUGUACCUUUGCAGUUGGGAAGAAUAGAGCACUGAAGGAGAUCCUUAUAGCAAUAAGAAAGAUAGAUAGAGCACUAAGGAAACUGCGUCACUACAUAAUUGCUGGCAAUAUUAGGCAAUUGAAGAUUAUGCAACUAAAUGACUGCCAUUUCUUCGACACCCUUUCUGUCUCCUCCAUAUUUUCACUUCUUAAUAUACAAUUGCUACAACAUUUGUACUUGAAAGGGUGUGAAGGCUUAAAUAACUUCCCUGACACUAUUGGCAACCUAUCACAGCUGCAUCACUUGGAAUGGUAUUAUUGUGAAGGUUUAAAUAACCUUCCUCACACCAUUGGCAACCUGUCACAACUGCGGAGCUUGUACUUGGAAGGGUGUGAUAGGUUACAUAAUCUCCCUCGUACCAUUGGUAACCUGUCACAGCUUCAACAGUUGAACUUGAGAUGGUGUGAUAGAUUAAAUUAUCUUCCUGGUACUAUUGGUAAUUUAUCACAACUGCAACAUUUAGAUUUGGGAAGGUGUGAAAGCUUAAAUAAUAUUCCUUGCACCAUUGGCAACUUAUCACAGUUGAAACACUUGAAUUUGAUAGGCUGUAAAAGCUUAAACAACCUCCCUUAUGCCAUUGGCAACUUGUUAGAGCUGCAGCUCUUAGAUUUGGGGAGAUGUGAAAGCUUAAAUAACCUUCCUGAUAGCAUCGGCAAUCUCUCACAACUGCAAUGCUUGUGUGAAAGAUUAAACAACCUUCAUCAUACCAUUGGCAAUUUGUCCCAGUUGCAACACUUGAAUUUGAGAUGGUGUGAUAAGUUAAAUAAUCUCCCUGAAACCAUUGGCAACCUGUCACGACUGCAGCACUUGAACUUGGAAGGAUGUGAUAGGUUAAAUAACCUUCCUGAUAGCUUUGGCAAUCUAACACAGCUUAAACAAUUGAACUUGGAAGGAUGUGAUAGAUUAAAUAGCCUCCUUGCUACCAUUGGCAACUUGUUAGAGCUCCAGCACUUAAAUUUGAAGGAGUUUAUAACUUUGAAUAAUCUACCUCAUACCAUUGGCAACCUAUCACAGCUGCAGAUCUUGGACUUGAAUGGGGGUGCAAGUUUAAAUAACCUCCCCAGUACCACUGCCAUUCUGUCACAGCUGCAGUACUUUGACUUUGAAAUGCUUCCUCACACUAGUGUCUAUCCAGAAAACCGGGCGCUCUUUGAUUGA